UAAGCAAGCACUUGACAGAAUGAGCCCUGGGUGCUGUAUGCAACUGACGAAUCACUCCAUUCUACCUCUGAAACGAAUACAGUGCGUGGUAACGAAGUAGAAUUUAAAUUUUUUUUAAAGAAGGGAAGAAAUACCGCUCUUGCAGUCUUGGGAGGCCCAGGACCUCGGGGAUCAUUUAGUCCACCUUCUCACCACGCAUUCGUGGGGUCUUUGUUCAUUCGUUGUAUCUUUCAAACGCCUAUUAUGCGCUGGGUGCUGGGGAUACAGCACGGAGUAAGGUAUAGUCCCUGCUCUCGAAAUAAAGGCGGCAUCUAGGGCCCGGGCAGGACACGGACUGGCCCCGCCGUGGUACUAGGUCCCUUCCUUCUGCCCCUAGCUGACGGCUGCAGAUCCCAGGCAUGCAGGUAUCUCCAGGACGGGGCAGCUAGCGGGCUCCCAUGGCUCCAGAGGUCCGGCGACAAACGCUACAGAGAACAAAAGCCGACAGCAGCCCUGGCGUGUCCGCAGGAGGCAUCGCGGUGUCCUGGGCGGCGCGAAGGCGCACGCAGCGGCCGGCGGCGUCUUCGCGGAGGAAGGUUGCCCCUGCACAGCCGCCGUACGGAGCCGGAAGCGUCGAUCCGCCACGGUCCGCGCCGCGAGGCCGCGGAGGAAGGUUCCGAAAUGGCUGACGGCGCGAGUCGCGAGCCCCAGCUGUGCUCGGAACAGUUCGGCUCCAGGGCGGCCCGGGGCUGCCUCGCCGCCGCCGACGGGAGCUUGCGGUGGGAGGCUUGGGGGUGGCGCUGGUGGGGGUUCUCUGGGCUCUUCCCAGCCAGACCCCAAGGACGGGAUGGCGGCGGAGGGGCGACCCCCGGGGCGGCUUCCCCACCUCUCUCCGGCCUCUCGACCGUGUUCCUGCCGCAGGGCUUCCCCGACAGCGUCAGCCCGGACUACCUGCCCUACCAGCUGUGGGAUUCCGUACAGGCCUUUGCUUCCAGCCUCGCGGGCUCCCUGGCCACCCACGCGGUCCUGCUGGGCAUCGGGGUGGGGAACGCAGAGGCUUCCGUGUCCGCGGCCACGGCCACCUGGCUGGUGAAAGAUUCAGCUGGCAUGCUGGGCCGCAUCAUCUUUGCCUGGUGGAAGGGGACUAAACUGGACUGCAACGCCAAGCAGUGGAGGCUCUUUGCUGAUAUCCUCAACGAUGUAGCCAUGUUCCUCGAGAUUAUGGCUCCCAUAUAUCCAAUGUUUUUCACCAUGAUCGUCUGUACCAGCAACCUGGCCAAGUGCAUUGUGAGCGUGGCUGGUGGGGCCACUCGGGCUGCCCUGACCAUGCACCAGGCCAGGAGAAACAACAUGGCUGAUGUGUCAGCCAAGGACAGCAGCCAGGAGACCCUGGUAAACCUGGCAGGGCUCCUGGUCAGCCUCUUGAUGCUUCCCCUGGUGUCAGCCAGCCCUGGCUUCAGCCUCGGUUGUUUCUUCUUCCUCACCGCCCUUCACAUCUACGCCAACUACCGGGCGGUCCGAGCCCUUGUCCUAGAGACCUUGAAUGAAGGCCGGCUCCGGCUGGUCCUGAAGCACUUCCUUCAGAGGGGAGAGGUCCUUGGGCCCACUUCAGCUAAUCAGAUGGAGCCACUGUGGACAGGUUGUUGGCCAUCUCUGUCUCUAUCUCUGGGGGUCCCCCUACACCGCUUGAUCUCCAGUGUCUUUGAGCUACAACAGCUGGUUGAGGGACACCAAGAACCUUACCUCCUUCACUGGGACAAGUCACCAAGCCGAGUGCAGGUUGUUCUGAGCCAGACGGCAGGCCCUGAAACCAUCCUGAGGGCUGCCAUACACGGAUUGGUGCUUGAAGCCCUGCAGGGAGAGGGGCCCCUCCCAACAGAACUGACAGAACUGAGGAACCAAGUACGGGCAGGUCCUGAGAAGGACAGCUGGGUCAUUGUCAGAGAGAUACACCAAGUGUUGGACAAGUUAUUCCCAAAGUUCUUGAAAGGACUGCAGGAUGCAGGCUGGAAGACUGAGAAGCACCAGCUAGAGGUGGAUGAGUGGAGGGCCACCUGGCUGCUCUCUCCAGAAAAGAAGAUCUUGUGAGCAGCCCAGAUGGGAGACCCAGGUCCCAGGAUAGAAGCCUAGAGCAAGCACACUUUGGCCACAGCAGGAUGUGGGAACAGCAGCUUUAUUUUUGCUUAGGGGAACUGCUGUGGCACUUUGUCCAAGGUCUCGUGGGCUGUAACUGCCAGUCAGAUGGACGGGGACCCCAGACAGAGACAAGGUGGAGAGAAGGGGAACCAGGGCCUACCCCCUCCCACCAGAGCCUGCCCUCUCCCGCUCCUGCCCUACUCCCUUCUCAGCACUGCAAGGCGCCUCACCCCCAUUCAUUGUGAAGCUGAGCUCUGCCCUGGCUGUAGCUCAUGGUGUCCAGCAGAGUUGGCCUCAGGCAUAAAAGCCCCAGAAGAAUGUGGCCACAGCCAUCAUGAGCAGGGCAUUGACGUUGACCACACGGGCCCAGCUCGAGUCCUCGCUGAUGUCCUCCAGCCGCCUGGCUGCUGCAGCCACCUCCUCCUGGGUAGGGGCUGGGGGACUACCCGCCCCACCCCCACUCAUUCCACAGAACCAGAGCAGGCACCUGCGGAACAGGCCUGGUGCUGGGGACUGGGCCUCUAGGAAAAAUGGACACGGGACAGUGAGUGUGAAGGAACCUGGCUCCCCUAGUCCCUGGCCCCACGUCCUGGAAGAGUGCCUUACCCUCCAUCUCCACAGCGUGCUCCGGACACCCAUUCUGUGUAGGGGGUGAGGUUGGACCUUCCAGCGCAUCGGCAUCCAGGUCCUCUCGCUCCUCCGUGCUGUGCCGCAGACUGAAAACCAGGCGGUGGAGCUGGGGACGCGAGCAGGGACCAAGUGAGAGUGCUGGUCUUCCCCCCGCCCCCGCCCCCGCCCCCGCCCCGGACCCUGAAGUCUCUUGUCUACCUGGACACCUCAGACACCUUAGCUCUCUCUGUCCACCCUGUACGCAUGUUCAGACUCAGCUCAGCAAACCCAGCCUGCCUUGGCUGCCCUUUGCCCUCAGACUAAAGCUGAGCUCUUCAGCUGCGUGUUCAAAGCUCUUGGCCCUGGACAGCCUUGCUUCCUUGCACCAGUCCCUGUCCCCCCUCAAACUGUAGUCCAUUAUAGACUCUAGUCUUCUAGUCCUGCUAACAGUGUUCCUUCCUGUGGAUAUUUGUGCGUAUAGUUUCCUGCUGCUGCCUUUCCUCCACUUCACCUGUGCAGCCCUGCCCGUCCUGUGCAGCUCAUCUGUCCUGGCCCCGUCAUCCCUACCCUGGGGCUCCUGCCCUGCAGCAGCACAAGACCAAACGCUCUUGUGGGCCUUCAGGAUAGUGUUCUGUCCUUCUUAGCCACCAGUCAGAUCUGUGGUUUGAGUCCUGGGGACCACUGCAAGGACUUUGGGAGGUCAUCACCUCCCCCACAGUCUUAAAGCCCACCCAGAACACCUCAAAUAAAUGUCAUUUAAGUAAAA